AUGUCGCUCACGCGAGUUGCGUCGGUCGAUGGCUUUGAGCGUGAGAGAAGAGGCUCUCACGUCUCUUCGCAUCGCAGAAUGAGUUUCAAUCCCGUCAGCGAAUGGAUUCCGCCCACGGACCGAAAACCCAGUCUGGUCUCGGUUGCUCUGCAGUUCGAAGAAGUUUCCAAGCGAAAGCGCAUAGUCCAGGUUGUUGUUGCCAUAAUAUAUUGCCUGUUCGCGGCCGGAAUAGUUUUCGGCUACGCGGCCAUCAAGCCUGUCUUGAUCGAUGAAGGCGUCUUCAAAGACCUGUGUACGCCAGAAGAGGUGGACCAACAUAUUUCGCCAUGUUACAAGCAGGAGAUUCGGUUGAACUUAAUGUUCACUGUGGCAGCUGUCUCGACCAAUGUCGCAGCCCUCCCUAUCGGAACCAUCCUUGACAAGUACGGACCCAAGGCCUGCGGAAUUAUAGGCAGCAUCUUUCUCACGACCGGUGCCUUGCUCUUUUCCUUCGCCUCCCAGGUCGACGGCGACCUCUUUACUCCAGGCUACUUCUUCCUCGCCCUUGGCGGUCCUUUCGUCUUUAUCUCUUCCUUUCAACUCUCAAACACCUUUCCACAAAACUCGGGGCUUAUACUGGCGCUCCUAACAGGUGCCUUCGACUCCUCAUCAGCCCUCUUCCUCAUCUUCCGCCUCAUUUACGAAGCCACCGGCGGCAAACUGAACACUCACCGCCUCUUCCUCCUCUAUCUCAUCGUGCCCAUCUUCAUCUUCAUCGUCCAGGUCUUUAUAAUGCCAAAGGACUCGUACAAAACUGUGAGUGAAGUGGUCAAGGACGCUGAAGAGCAAGUCAACGCUCCCACCCCACCCGAAGCAUCCGAAGAUGAACGUCGCUCUCUGCAAGAACGAAGAGAAAGUACUAUCCAGGAGAUAUCCUUACUCCUGGACAAGUCGACCAACACAAAACGCCAGAAGAGAGAAGAGCACAAGAACGCGAGGUCCGGUGUGUGGGGAGCUAUGCAUGGCUAUUCCGCCCUUCAACAGAUCAAAUCGCCAUGGUUCUGGCUCAUCACGUUCUUUACUGUCGUGCAGAUGACGCGGAUCAAUUACUUUGUGGCCACGAUUCGGCCGCAAGAACGUUACCUUCUAGGUUCUCCCGAGAGAGCGAAAUUGGUGAAUGACUUUUUCGACGUGGCACUUCCUCUAGGAGGUGUUUUGAGCAUCCCGUUUAUUGGCCUGUUGUUGGACAACACAUCCACACCUUUCGCCUUGGGAUUUCUGGUGGUCGUAGCCACCAUUAUUGGUGUACUGGGCUGCCUCCCUUAUAUGUGGGCGGCCAUCGCCAACGUCUGCCUCUUCGUCGUGUACCGGCCCUUUUAUUAUACCACUGUCUCGGACUACUCUGCAAAAGUAUUCGGGUUUCAGACCUUUGGCAAGGUUUACGGUCUCAUAAUCUGUCUCGCAGGGCUCUUCAACUUCUUGCAGAGUCCUUUGGAUGCAGUCACGCAUAUGGUGUUCAACAAUAACCCGAUCCCUGUCAACGUGAUCCUUAUGAGCAUUGCGGUGAUUGUGGGCUCCGCGCUGGUGACGUUCACAUCGAUCAAGGCGAGGACGAUGAAGAGAGACUUCUUGGAGGAUGAGGCUGAAGGGGCCACAGAGUCCCUGAUGCCCAGUGCCAUGACGAACGGGAGCGGCUAUGGGACAUGA